ACCGUCAACAUGCCUCCUCGCAUCCUCCUCAUCACCGGCGCAACGGGCCAACAAGGCUCCGCCGUCAUCGACGCCCUCCUCUCCCAUCCCCUAUCCUCCUCAGCCCCCUUCACCGUCCUAGCAGUUGAGCAGCACUUGCGGAAGAACGCGACCAGAACCAUGGGCUGGACAAUUCUGGGACCGGUGAUAUUUAUGGAUAACCCUCCUCCCCGGUUAGCGGGCAAGGUGUUUAUGACUUUGCUGAGGGAUACCCUCGGGCGAGAUAAGCCGCUGCAGUGGAUUGCCACAAGAGACAUCGGCUUCUUUGCUGCGGAGGCGUUCCAUAAUCCGGAGGAGUGGAAUAAAAAGGCGACGGGGCUGGCGGGGGGAUGAAUUGACUUUUGAGGAGAUGAACAGGGUCUUUGAGAGGGUGACUGGUAAGCCGGUGCCGAUCACAUGGGGAUUGUUGGGAACAGGAUUGAAGACGGUGAGUGAAGGAAUUGGGCUCGAUGGUAGAGUGGUUCGCCCUGGAGGGGUACAAAGCUGAUCUGCGAAAGGCCAGGGAGGUGAAUCCAGGGAUGGUGGGCUUGGAGGAGUGGCUGAGAAAGGGUCCCUUUGUCAAAGGGAAGUACGUAGCGGAGGGUGGUUAUAGACAUCGUGUCCUUUGGGUCAACAUGUUGGGGACUUGCAAUAUAAUCUGAAAAGCACGUUAGAAAUCGAUGCUGAAUACUUCAUAAUCCUUGCAAAAUGAACAUACCAGACUCGAACGACCACUCGA